AAAACCCCCUUUAUGAGACCAAGACGAGUCGCAACAGAAGCAUUGACCCGGCUUUGUUUUCCCCUUUUUCUUCACACUAGUAGCAGCAAAUCCUUUCCAGUAUGGCAUCGACUGGAACAUCAAACGACACGCCCUUGGCCCAGGACAAGACGGUCGUGUCGUUCCUGGGACCGCUCGCAUCGUAUUCCCACCAAGCCACAACCGCUCUCUUCCCAGGCCAGGGCUGGGACCUGGCUCCUGUCCCAACCAUCAGAGGCGUCUUCGAUGCCGUCCAGGCCGGAACCGCCACAUACGGCGUCGUCCCCUUUGAGAACUCGACCCACGGCGUCGUGACCUUUACGCUCGACUGCCUCGGCGACCGCGCCGCCGAGUACGCCGGCGUCAGCGUCUGCGCCGAGCACUACCUGGACGUGCACCACUUUCUCCUCGGCCGGCUCGACCCUAGCAGCACCACCACCACCACCGCCGCCGCCACAACAACCGCCACUGAAAAGAGAGAGCGCGGCAAGCCCCUGGCCAGCCUCGCGCACGUGCGCCACGUCUACUCGCACCCGCAGGCCUUUGGCCAGACGUCGCGCUUCGCGGCCGCCUACCUGAGCCACGCCGAGCUGACCGACGUGAGCUCGACCAGCCGCGCCGCCGAGCUGGCCGCCGCCGACACCGAGGGCGCCAGCGCCGCCAUCGCCAGCGAGGCCGCCGCGGCGCCCAACGGGCUCGACGUCCUGGCCGCCUGCAUCGAGGACCGCGAGGACAACACGACGCGGUUCCUCGUCAUCCGCAAGGGCGACGACGACGCUACUGGUGCUGGCCCUUCUUCAUCUGCUCCUCCUUCUGUUACUGCUGCUGCUACUGCUACUGCUAGUACCACAUGUCCUCCUCCCCCUCCCCCUCCGCCACCCCAACAAAACAUCCCUCCUCCGCCCGGAACGUCCAAGUCCCUCGUCUCCUUCACCGUGCCCCACCGCUCGCCCGGCUCGCUGGCCGACGUGCUGCAGUGCUUCCGCCGCGCGGGGCUCAACCUGACCAGCAUCAACAGCCUCCCGAGCCUGAUCCGGCCCUUCCAGUACCUCUUCUUUGUCGAGUUCGAGGUCGAGGCGGCCGCAGACGCGCGGGAAAAGGUCGCCGCCGUGCUCGCCGACGUCCGGCGCGUCGCCCACGGCUCGAGGUGGCUCGGCAGCUGGGAGAGCCGCCGGUGAGCGGGUUGGUCCUUAUUUCCGCCGCAUUUGUAGAAAUGCUAUGGGAAAGGGGGGGAAAUGGACGCAUGCAGAGAGUGGGAGGGUGUAUACACAAAAUACACAAUCAAUAUUUGACACCAAUGCCAGAGCUGACCCAGUCAGGGAGCCAUGUCCAUUGUAUCUUGACCCUGCGUAUUCAGGGAGUCGCCUACAAUGGCCGAUAAAAUGCCGUCAAGGCCAGACCAUAAAACCCUUCCUUCAAGAAAAGAACCCCUAGGAUAGACUCGCCCAUACAAAGACGCAGCCUCGUCUCGCUUCCG